CAUGGAGGGGAAGCCCUCCCAGCCUCCCAAUGGCAGCUGGCCUGAAAGCCAGAAUGGAAGUGGUGCUGAGGCUGCCCCGGCCGCAAACCUCACCUUCUUUUCCUACUACCAGCACUCCUUGCCAGUGGCGGCCAUGUUCAUUGUGGCCUACCUGCUCAUCUUCCUCCUCUGCAUGGUGGGCAACGCCUUGGUCUGCUUCACUGUGCUCAAGAAUCGGCACAUGCGCACUGUCACCAACAUGUUCAUCCUCAACCUGGCCGUCAGCGACCUGCUGGUGGGCAUCUUCUGCAUGCCCACCACUCUUGUGGACAACCUCAUCACUGGGUGGCCCUUCGACAAUACCAUGUGCAAGAUGAGUGGCUUGGUGCAGGGCAUGUCCGUGUCAGCCUCUGUUUUCACCCUGGUGGCCAUUGCUGUGGAAAGGUUCCGCUGCAUCGUGCACCCUUUCCGCGACAAGCUGACCCUGCAGCAGGCGCUGGUCACCAUCGCGGUCAUCUGGGCCCUGGCCCUGCUCAUCAUGUGCCCCUCGGCCGUCACGCUGACGGUCACCCGCGAGGAGCACCACUUCAUGGUGGACGCCCGGAACCGCUCCUACCCGCUCUACUCGUGCUGGGAGGCGUGGCCCGACAAGGGCAUGCGCACGGUCUACACCACCGUGCUCUUCUCGCACGUCUACUUGGCGCCCCUCACCCUCAUCGUGGUCAUGUAUGCCCGCAUCGCCCGCAAGCUCUUCAAGGCCUCAGGCCCUGCCCGGGACGGCGAGAAGGCGGCCGUGGAGGGCCGGCGGGCGUCCAGGCGCAAGGCCCGGGUGGUGCACAUGCUGGUCAUGGUGGCGCUGUUCUUCACGCUGUCCUGGCUGCCGCUGUGGGCGCUGCUGCUCCUCAUCGACUACGCGCAGCUCAGCGAGCCGCAGUUGCACCUGGUCACCGUCUACGCCUUCCCCUUCGCCCACUGGCUGGCCUUCUUCAACAGCAGUGCCAACCCCAUCAUCUACGGCUACUUCAAUGAGAACUUCCGCCGCGGCUUUCGGGCCGCCUUCGGCGCCCAGCUCUGCCCACUGCAGUGGGGGAGCCACAAGGAGGCCUACGCACAGAGGCCCAGCGGGCUCCUGCGCAGGCGGGUCGUUGUCGAUGUGCCUCCCAGCGACUCGGGCCUGCCCUCCGAUUCGAGGCCGAGCAGUGGGGCCCCGAGGCCUGGCCGCCUCCCGCUGAGAAAUGGGCGGGUGGCCCACCAUGGCUUGACCUCGGAGGGUCCUGGCUGUUCCCACAUGCCCCUCACCAUACCAGCCUGGGAUAUCUGA